AUGCCUGCUACAAAUGAUAUUAUGAUUUACUUUAAUACAAGUCUUACGACCAUUAAUGCAACAAUUGCCCUCUUUUUACUAAUGACUGCUCUUGCUCCUCUCAUUUGGGCUCCACUUAGUGAGCGUAUUGGCAGAAGGGUAUAUGUAAAAAUUAUUUUUAUUAGAUGGGUGUAUAUUGUUUGUAUGGCACUAUAUACAGUGUGCACCAUCAUAUGCGGUAUCUCCACUAAGCUAGGAUUGUUCUUUGUAUUCCGUUUACUUCAGGGAAUAUUUGUCAGUGCCGGUCAAGCAGUAGGCGGUGGUAGUGUCUCAGAUAUUUUCGAGCCUCAGGAUCGUGGCAAGGCCAUGAGCAUUUAUAUCUUAGGUACAAUUCUUGGCCCUGCCAUUGCCCCUAUUGCUGGUGGUUAUAUCGAUCAAUUUUUAGGAUGGCGGUGGAUAUUUUACAUCAAGACAAUUAUGGGUGGCGUCCUUACUAUAUGUAGUUUUCUUUUUAUCAAGGAAACACUUUAUCAUCCUGAUGCCGAACAGCCUCCUCCUCUUACAAACAUAAAGGAGCGUUUACAGAGACUCAAGUUCAACCCACUUGGCAGUCUUGAGCUUUUAUUACAGCGCGAAGUGUUGGUAUCUUGUAUCCCUAUGAGUGUGGCAUUUGGCUGGUUUUAUUUCUUAGUGACAAUUCUUCCUUCAACUUUUGGAAGCAUAUAUCACUUUUCUGCCGGUGCAAUUGGUCUCUGUUAUGUAGCAGGUGGUAUUGGCAACACGUUCGGGUCGGCUGUUGCUGGACCUAUUAUGUAUGGUUGGUUUCUUCAUGCCGGAUUGCAUUGGAUUGGACCUCUUAUUGCUAACGUCAUAUCUUGUAUUGGAAUCAUGUUUACGGUUACAAUUACCAGUGCUUACUUGGUUGACGCUAAUCCUUCAAAGGCAGCAUCAAGUGAGUGA